AUGUCAAUUGCAAAACUGCAUUGAUUUGCUCCAGUAAUUCGAAGGAAGACUCCACGAUCAUCAAACAGAAAUCCUGUUAAACUUGCAGAAUAUCAUUCCCUGACUCAGGGGAUCACUAAUUCAUCUCAAAUAAGAUAUCCCAUGCCGAUUCAAAAUAUAAGUUCUAUAAAGAUAACGUUGAGCAGUCGAAAAGAGGCAAAGCCACCCUUAAAGAGGACAAUGGAUUGUCCUAAAGAGCCCAGAAUCUCCUCACUCAAGGCAAAGCCCAACUGAGACAGCAUCAGAAGUAGAAGUAAUAUUAAAGAACCUCAGGUCUGAGUUAGCGAUGCAGGCCAAAAUUUACAGAAAAUGAACUCAGAUCUAGACAUCGUUAAACCAUCUAAUAAGAUCAAGAUCAGGUCUGAUCCAGAAAGAAGAAAUAUUAUCCAAAGAGAAUACAUGCCAGUACCUAAAAAGAGGAAACUUUUAAAGAUGGAAAAUAGGACUCAUAACUUUAUCUCUCAACUCCCUCUAGAAACUCCGGCCAUCACUCAGCAAGACUAUUGAGAUGUUGAAGACAAUAUCUUAGCAAUCUUGAAGAAAUCUGAUGAAAAAUAGAAAGAAAAAGAUAAAACACAUCAGAACUCUUGAAAUGAUAAAACAAGAGACCUGCAAAUAUUCCAAUCUUAGGCUUAAAAGAGAAAAGGAGAGAAAUAAUUCUACCUCGGUCAUGAGCAAUAAGUCCGAUUCGCUCCUGUCACCUAGAAGAAGUUAUACUUCAAACCAGAAUGAAGUAUCUACUAAUCAUUCGUAUCAGAAUAAAUCAGACAAGAAGGAGAAUCAGAGAGUACAUUGUGGCCAAGACCUUGACAACUUAUUACUGAUUCUAGUUCAAAACAAUAGGAGUUUCUCUUCCUAAAUAUCUUAAAAGCUUUAAGAAGAAGCCUUUCAGCUGGAGACAAACACAGAAGGGUCAGAGUAAUAGCUCGAAGCAGCUUAAAGAAAAAUGAAAUAUGUUUUAUAAGAACAAUCCUCAAAAAAAUUAAAACUACAAAAAAAAGACAACACAGCCACAGUGCAAUAAAAAUAUAUGGAAAUAAGAACUCUACUAAUUUAACAAACAAAAAGAUUAUGGAUAAGAUUAAAUCGAAAAAUAUCUUCCAGUUUCAAAAGAACCUUGGCAAUAGCUAUAACCAAAUAGGCACAGAGGAUGGGUCUAAUCCCACAGCUGAUGACAAGGAUAAUAUAAGAUCCAGUGGUGAUUCACCAAUCAAGAACUUAAUGCCAAAGAUAUCUUCUUACAAUACCCAGAAUAUCUUCCAAAGAGACCCGAAUUAUAUCGACCACGGGAAUUACCAGAAUGUGAGGUUGCCAUCCCUUAAGUAAAUAAUCAAUU